AUGUCAAAUCUUCACUUCCUCUUGAUUUAUUUCCAGUAAUAUAAUAAUGAUUAAAAAAUUCAUCUGUUGGAGUAGGUACAAGUAAAGGUCGACAUAAAUAUCGAGAAUUUAGGUAAAUCUCUAAGUAGAGGAAAAAGAGAUUCUAAAAUUCAGAAUAAUGAUAAAACAGAUAAGACAUAGAAUUAAUCAUUAGUAGAAAUGGGUGGAUUUGUAUUUGAUACAAAUUUUGUUGUUUUGACUGCUAAAAAGACAAACCUGGUUGAUUUGAAAGAUCAAUUUAUUUUCACAUCUCCAAAUAUUGAAUGCAGAAAUAUAAUAUUAUGA